CAAGACCAGCUUACUCUGCUUGCUUCUUAGUGCGUUCACCCCGCCGGCAAGGGAGCUCCAGGUCAUCACAAGCUGUUACGGGCACCUGCCACAAUCAUCACAACACGACCGCCCUCUCUACCACUCCAAUAAAUCCACAUCCACUCUCCUAUCCUACCGUACCUCACCUGCAUCGACAUCUACAACCAUGGAAGACCCCUCCGCGAUCCUCAAGAAGGCCGAAACGCUCGAGAAGUCCGCGCGCGGCGGCUUCAGCUUCUUCGGGGGGCGCAAAGAGAAGCUCGAGGACGCAUCGGGCGAGUACGUACGAGCCGCGAACGGGUACAAAGCGCGCCAAAACUACGACCAAGCGGCGCGGAUCCUCGAGCGGGCCGCGCAGCUGCAGAACGAGAUCGGCGAGCCCGACGACAUGGCGAACUCGCUGGUACAGGCGUCGCAGUGCUACACGGCAAAGCCCGACAUGCUCCCUGAGGAUGCGGAGAAUGCGGCCAGGCUCCUCAAGGGCGCUAUCACACAUUAUACUUCAAAGGGGAACUUUAGACGCGCCGCUAGCUAUGAGGAGAAGAUGGCAGAGGUGCUGGAGAAGGCUGGGGAUUUGAAGGGCGCCGUCGAGGGAUAUGAGCAGGCGGGUACCUGGUACAAGGUCGAGGGGUCGACGCAGAUGGCGAAUAAGAUGUUUUUGAAGGUGGCGGAUAAUGCGGCGCUGGCGGGCGACUACAGGAGGGCUAUCGAUAAGUAUGAGGAGGUGGCCAAGAGCAGUGCCAGUAACAACCUCAUGAAGUGGAGCUUGAAGGAGUACUUCUUCAAGGCGGCCAUAUGUCACCUUUGCACCGGGGAAAUCGGAACGGCCAAGCGAGCAUUGCAGAGCUAUGCCGAGAUCGAUCUCAACUGGCCCAAUCAGCGGGAGUCUAUGGUGCUGCAGAACCUGAUCACGGCAAUUGAGGCUGGCGAUGAGGCUGCGUACUCGGAACAUCUCUUCCAAUUCAGCCAGGUCAACGAGCUGGACAAGUGGAAGGUACAGCUGUUCCUGCACAUCAAGAACUGUAAGUCCGCCUUUUCUCCAGUGUGCCAAACUAAUGCUGACGGUGUUUCGUAGCCUGCAUUCAAGCAGCCCGUCCU